AUGGACGCGGUGGCUUUGACGACAUUGCUCUCCGACUCGACACAAAAGCUGGUCCAGUUGCACUCACAGAUCGGUCAUCCAGCCGAAGCGCUCCAAGCGGCGCUCGAUGCCCUUCAUCAAGCGCUCAAAACAGCAGUCGACGAUCAGAUCGGAAGGGUAGAGCGAGAGGCACACAAUCUCUGUGCGGAAUGCUCUCAAAUCGAAGCUGACAAUGCAGACAUCAAGAGAGCGCUCGGAGACAAGUCGCUCGUCUCGAGUCCAUCCUUGCAAAAUGCAAUUGGGAAAAGAAUGGUCUCGGCUGCAUCGACGCCUUCCUCCACCUCAGAGCCAUCUUCCCCCGACUCGAAGCCUCUGUUACAACGCAGAGCACAACUACAGAUCGACCAGACGCGUCUGAAAGCAACUUACUCCGCCAAAGAAGCUCAGCUUGAUCGACUCUCUGCAAAGCUCCAGACCUACGUUCCGCUCCUCGGUUCCUUUGUCAAAGUACCCCGAGACGGCUCGCAAGAUUCAGUAAACACUGAAGCUGUUCCGUCAGUCACGUUCCGUGACGUCUCUCAACCACGCAUCGCGCUUUUCGAAGCUGAAAUCAUCCGAUGUUCCAAAGAAGUUAACGCCAGAGCAGAACGACUCCAAACAAGCUUGCUCGAGAUUGUACAGCUUUGGUCCGAACUCAACUUUGAGCCUGCACAGCCAGUAGCCCCUUGCGAUGAGCACGUCUUCCAACCCGACCAGGCCGGUGACCAAGCGGAUUGUGGUGGAGGUACGCUCGAAUUUGAUCGCGCUAUCCUCUCUCAUUUGCAGCUCGAACCCAUGCACGAUCAAGAGACACGCACUUUCAUCGGCGAAUUCAUCAGCACAGAGCAGCCCCAACGUCGAGACGCAGCUUCAUCUCGCAGCGACAGCCGAGCCAUUGACGAUCUGCUCGAGCAAACACCCACUCGCGCAUCCCUCGGAGGUCAGCCAGUUAGGGACAGCGGUGACCUCGCAUUGCAGCUCUCAUCAGCAAGCAAGACCGCUUCAGAACCCCUUCCUCCUUCGCACCUCCUAGAACCCACCGAAGCCAAUCUGGCGCGAGCAGCGACCAAAUUGCAAUGGCUCGAGGCAGAGAAGCAGCGUCGCGAGAUGCUCAUCCAAGAACUCUAUGAUGAGCUCAGCGAGCUCUGGGCCAAAUUUGAUGUGCCAGAGGAAGAGAUGGAUGCUUUCGUCAUGGACCACAGAGGCAGCACCAUGGAUGUCAUUCAAGCCUAUCAGGCCGAACUCGACAAAAUGAAGCAGCUCAAAGCGCAGCACAUGUCGCUCUUCAUUACCAAGACAAGGGAACGCAUCGCCACGCUCUGGGACUCGCUCUUCCUCACCGAUCACGAGCGCCAAGCCUCGUUCCCCCCAUUCUUCAUCGACGUUUCUGCAGAUGCCGACCCCAACCUCGACGAGCCGCUUCCUACAGAUGACAUCCUGGCUUCGCACGAGCAGAUGAUCGACCUGCUUACCGAACAGGUUCGUGUCAAGGCGCCCGUUCUCAAAGUCAUCGGCCGAUACAAAGAGCUCCUUGAUGAGGCAAGACAGCUCGACGAGUCAGCUUCCGAUGGUUCGCGUCUCCUCGGUCGAUCCAACCGCGGCGAUCCGGGUCGUCUUUUGCGCGAAGAAAAGAUGCGCAAGCGCGUCAAGGUCCAGAAGCCCAAGAUCGAGGCAGAGCUACUCAAGGUCAUCCCAGCAUGGGAGGAGGAGCACGGCGAACCCUUUACCAUCAACGGUGUCCGCUACCUUGACGAGCUCUUGGAACAGGUGGAGGGGUCCAAGGAGAACGCAAAUCGAAAGAGAACAAGAACAACUUCUGGCGCACAGACCCCAGCGCCACCUGUCAGCGCACCAGCAAGUGCGAGGCGCGGUCCGCUGGCACCCUCAACAACAUCAAAUCGAGGCGUAACAGCAACGCCGAUGCGAUCAAUGACUCCUCAUCAAGGUACCAUUAAAAAGCCACGGAUCGCAGCAGCACCAGCCACUGUUGCAGCACCCUCCACAAGAACGCCAUCGGUGAGGCAAGCCGCUGCACCAGCGUCCAUAUCGAGAAUUGCCUCGGCUCGUGCCCCGAUGUCCGCAGCACCCAAAGCGCAGUACGGCGGAGGCGCGGGCAGCAUCUCACGACCUGCAUCAUCAAUGGCGGGUGCCUACAGAACAGUGAGCACCGCCUCGUAUGCUGCCGGCACCAGCAGCCCAUCCCGCAUCCCCGGUCCAUCUCCUCAUCUUGUGUCCAGACCAUUUGGCGCACCUCCCUCUGUGCCAGGAUACGCCUCGGUCUAUGGAGCGCGCAGCGUCACAACCACCGCUUCGGCCGGUCUAGCCGCUAGGACGGUCAAGGCGCAGCGAGAGAGCUUUCGACCUCGUCCUUCGAUCGUAGCCAAAGUUCCACGCAACGCCACCGUCGUUGGGGGUGUCGCUUCUACCAAAGACGCGGCUGCAGGCAUUUCGCCAGGCCGAGCGAGCAAGUGGGGCGAGAUGGGUCCUCCGCGUUGGCCAGUGGCAGGACAGCCUUCACAUGCUCACCGUGACGUCUCUUGCGUCUCGGCGAGCAGCUCGAACCAUACUGACAUUACAACGCUCAUCCAUCCGGGAAUCCCGCAAAUGACGAGAACUGCAGAGCCGGUAAGAAGGGCAAGACGUGCACCGUCCAUGUCGCUCGAGGCGUGCCUCGCCAACUUGGCAGCAGCUUCUUCACAGGGCAAGUCUCGGCUUGGCGAUGCGGCACGGGAUUUGGGCAUCUCGUCGAUUCGCAGCGUUUCUUCCUCGGACGAUAUCGUCAACCAGGCGGGCGAAGUUGCGGACCACGGCCACGACAAAACCGCGCGCGUCAGAGGGUGGAAGGACGGCCUACGCAUCGCAGGCGCUGGACUGGACGACGAAGUCGAUCUUGACGCCGAUGCUGCUCCCACGUUGGCUCGUUCAGGCAGCAGCAACUGGGAGCUCGUAGGUGAAGCUGAGCCUGAGCCGACCUACUUUGCUGAUCAGCAUGCUGCUUUGGCAGCGUGA